AUGCUGAAUAGGAAAUCGGUCGGUGAAGUAAAAGUUGUUGCAGCCAGCAUCAGAGAAAAUGUACAAAAGAUCAUCGUCGGAAAAGACGACGCGAUUAACUUGGCGCUCGUCGCCCUUUUUUGCAGAGGUCACGCCUUGCUGGAGGAUGUGCCCGGCACAGGCAAGACGACGAUGGCUAAGGCGCUCGCACAGUCGCUCGGAUGUGAAUUCCACCGUAUCCAGUGCACACCCGACCUGAUGCCCUCGGACGUACUCGGAGUCAACUUCUAUAACCAGAAGAUGGGCGAGUUCGAGUUUCGGCAAGGACCGAUCUUUAGCCAGAUCAUCCUGACCGACGAGAUCAACCGCGCCACACCUAGGACCCAGUCGUCGCUUCUCGAGGCAAUGCAGGAACGGCAGGCAACCAUCGACGGGGACACUAUGACGCUGCCGGAGCCUUUCAUGGUGAUGGCAACGCAGAACCCGGUCGAGAUGGAAGGCACAUUCCCGCUCCCGGAGGCCCAGCUCGACCGAUUCAUGGUACGCAUCGUGAUCGGGUACCCCACACCGGAGGAAGAGGGACAGAUAUACAAGCGGUUCGAAGACGACACGGUGCCCCCGGCGGUCAGCGCCGUGACCAACUCCAUCGACCUCGAAGCUCUCCAAUCCGUCCCGCCGACGGUCAGGGUCGACGACACGAUCCGUAGCUACAUCGUGAACCUGAUUACGAGCACUCGGCGACAACGCAGGUCUCUCGCUCGGCGCCAGUCCGCGCGCCGGCCUUUCCCUUUACAAGGCUUCGCAGGCAUGGGCCGCGCUGGAAGGCCGAGACUUCGUGACACCGGACGACGUUAA